AUGGAUAGGAAGGUUAAGCAGCUGCAGUCAAGCAAGACGGCAAUUUUAAAUUUCGCAAUAAAUACCCGCAAAACCGCAAAAGCAAAGCAAACAAAGGGCUUUUUGCAAGCGAGAAAGGAGCUUCUGGGGCAAUAUUGGGCAAAAUUCGUGUGUCUUCAUGACCAGGUUGUUAGUGAGUGCACUCCUGAAGAAAUGGAGGCAGCUGGCAUUGCGACCUCUAUUGACUUCGAGGCAGUGGAGUGCGUCUAUGCCGAGACCAUGGGCGAACUACACGAUCUAUUGGACAGCACGAAUUCGGUCACUGAUAUAUCGAUGUCGCAGUCCUUCGUACCAACACAGGCGGUAAAUCAAUCACUACCACGCAUUCGAAUUCCACCAUUCGAUGGUAACUUCCUACACUGGUUCCCGUUUAAAGAUUUGUUCAUCUCCAUUGUUACAUCUAACGCAUCCCUCUCAAACACACAGCGCUUGCAAUACUUAAAGGAUAGCCUUACUGGAGAGGCAAAAAAUGCGCUUGAUAACGUCACUACGACAGAUGCUAACUUCCAGGAUGCGUGGGAGCUACUUCAAUCCAAGUACGAGAACAAACGGAUAAUAAUCAAUGCUCAUGUAGCAGCGAUUAGCAAACUUCCUUGUGCUCCGAAAGAAUCUGCCUCUGCGCUGAGGUCAUUACUUGAUGGCGUGACGUCGUCUAUACGUGCGCUGCAGGAUUUGGGCCGGCCAAUCGAGCAUUGGGAUGAUUGGCUGGUGUUCACUAUUACUCACAAGUUGGAUGCCACCACUCGCAAAGCAUGGGAGCUCUCCCUAAAGUCGAACGACGAUAUUCCAACUUUUAAGGAGCUGCAGGAGUUUCUUACCAGUAGAACACAAUCCUUGGAAAUAGUCCAAAGCUACACCGAGCCGAAGCCCUUCGUAAAGGGGCAUACUCCAAAGAAGUUAGGCACCACCUCUGCUGUUUCUGGGUAUCAUACCACAUCUGGGCGCUGUCCCAACUGCUCCGGUAAGCAUAUUAUAAUGUUUUGCGAAGCUUUUCGCAAUAAAUCGCCGCACGAACGGUAUGACUACGCACUACAAGCUAAGCUGUGCCUAAACUGUUUGCACAUCGGCCACCAGCAAGCAGCUUGUUCUUCCGAGCGCCGUUGCAAGACGUGUCAAGCUAAGCACCACACAAUGCUGCACGACUACUUUGCUUUCAACGCGACUAGUACGAGCAAACAGGCUGCAUCCUCUCAUAACGCAGUCACAACAAGGCAAGACCCUAAUAUGCUGCCGUCGGUACUGAUCGGCACAGCCCUGAUUGAGGUUAAGUCAAAGUCCGGACACAAGGUCGGUUUACGAGCUUUACUGGACAGCGGGGCAGAAGCAACGUUCAUCAGCGAAUCCGCAGUCAACUUGUUACACUUGGUGAAGUCUAAUGUAAAGAUACCUAUUAAUGGUGCUAACGGUGAUAGAGUGGCUACAGCAAAGGGGCUAGAAACGUUUAAUCUACGUUCAUUGAAAUCCGACUUCGAGCUUGCAUGCAUCGCUCUAGUGCUGCCUCGAGUUGGAAACCGAACCCCGACGGUAGCUAUUGCACCGAACGAUGUUCAACACUUUAGUGAGUUAGACCUUGCUGAUGCAACCUGGAAUGUACCGCAACCGAUUGAUGUCAUCUUAAAUGCUGCCGAUUAUGCUGCUCUUCUGUUAAGCGGGAUACAGCGUAGCAAAACUAGUCUUUUGAUUGGCCAAAGUACACGGUUGGGUUGGGUAAUUUUCGGCAGUUCUGCUAAUCAAUCUUUCGUAACGACACGGGAUGUGAUCGACUGCUAUCACACUCAACUCGAUCUCGACCGAACGCUUCGCAGCUUCUGGGAGUUGGAAGAGCUUAAUUCAACGCCCGCACUAACGCAAGAUGAUCGAUUCGUCGAGAAUUACUUCAAUCGCACUACGCGGCGAGCUGCAGACGGUCGUUAUAUUGUGCGGCUACCAGUCAAACCGGAUUCUGAUCUAACGCAAUUAGCCUCUACGCACCAUGAUGCGAUUUUUCUCCUCGAUCAUCUUCGUCGACGUUUAUCUCGAGAUCCGGUCAUGCGAGAUAUGUACGAAGAAUUUAUCAACGAGUACGCAUCAUUGCAACAUAUGGUCAGCAUCACUAAAGAAGAAGAAUGUUCAACGCCCAUCUGUUAUCUCUCCCACCACGGCAUCUGGAAAACAUCCAGCAGCACAACGAAAUUAAGGGUCGUCUUCAACGCUUCAAGACGAUGCAACAGUGGCUAUCUGCUCCGUGCUAAACCAUAA